GGCAUUUUGAAAUCAGGGGUCUCAACCUUUCCCAGUCCAUCUGCUGCAUAGCGGUGCGACCGUGAUAAUUUCCCGGACCGGCGCACUCUUUUCGAUUUCCGGAUUGCCACGGACUUCAGCCAGCACGAUUUGCCGGGCUUUUGGUGUUCAUCGAAAAAACGCGCAUUCGAGCCUAAUCGCGUCAGAAGCGUCCUAGAAUUCAGGCCCCAUGCCAGGUCGAUCUCCGUUGGAAAUCACUCAAUGAUGUUCUGAACAACAUUUGCACCUCUAAGUCAACAUACCAACCAUUCUACUACGUCCAUGCACCUGCUACCCUAGCUUCGGGAGGCAUUCUGCCAAACAUUUUGGUCACCUCAACUUGCCACCUAGGAAAGAGAAAGAGAAUCGCAAGUCAAGCUUGGCUUUUAGCACGCAAAGCAUUCACAUGACAGGUGCGAUGAUCUGGAACGAAUUUCCCCAGCUGGGGCAACUACUUGGAGAACGCCCAGGACUCGACGUGGUCGACUCCCAUACCUGUGGUCAACCGACACGCGUGAUACUCAGCGGUACAGGUCUCGCAAAUGGCAUGACUCCAGAAGAGGGACGUGAGUUUCUGAGGACUAAAGCCGACUGGGUACGCCGACUUGCUGUAAUGGAGCCUCGCGGUCACCGUUCCAUGUUCGGCGCUGCAAUAAUCCACCCGUCAUCCCCAGGCGAUCCAUUUGGCGUUGUUUUCAUGGAUGCUGGUAGCUAUCCCGAUAUGUGUGGUCAUGCCACCAUUGGUGUGGCCACAACGCUAUGUGAGCUUGGUCUGAUCGGCCGCUUGGAUACAUUGGGAAGCAACGCAAACUUUUCUUUUCAGCUACGGACUCCUGCAGGGACUCUCGAGCUCACAGCGAAGGUCAAAGGUGGACGAUGUAGCGCGAUAGUCUUCCAGACGCCGCUUGCCUACUAUGUCGGGUCGAUGGAACUGGCCCUUGCUUCUGGUCAACUUGCACGAGUCGAUGUAGGGUGGGGAGGGCAAUAUUAUGCCUUCGUGCCAGUCGAGAGCGUUGGGCUUGACAUCACACCCGGAACGAUAGAUCAACUCAUCAUUGCAGCCACCUUGGUCCGCCAGCAGCUUGCAGUGAGCUUCGAGUCAUCUGACCCUCGCACGGGCACCGUUCCAACCAUUGGAAACAUUGUCUGGACAGCUCUGCCCCGGAAUGAGGCCGCCCACGCUCGCAACGUGCCAGUCUCGAGCAGUGGCUCGUUCGACCGGUCACCUUGCGGAACCGCCACCUGUGCAAGGAUGGCUGUUCUAGAGGCUCGUGGCGAACUCGCAGUUGGGCAAGACUUUGUAAACGAGAGCAUUCUAGGGACCUUGUACUACGGUCGUGCCAUUCGUAGCUUCAAUGGAGACAACUACCGUGGCAUAGUACCACAGGUGCAGGGCAGCGCCUGGAUCACUGCAGCAGGUCGUCUAUCUCGGGACACGACUGAUCCGCUUGGCUUAGGAUACCUUAUUGGGGGCGGUCCUGCGGUCGUCUGACUGCAGAUGAAGACCCCCAUCAAGACGCUCUUGUCAAGAUAGCUCGGAGGAAAGUGAUUCAUGCGGUGGCAGCUAUACGGUAAUCCGCACUGGAAAAUGUCAUUAGUCAAGACAUAAAUCAUCGACGUUUGAUGGGAUUUCCUCGCUACGGCCUAAAACACCGACGACCGGCUAUUUGAUUUCGACCAUCAAUCAGGUCCAGGACCUCUUAUCGCACGACAAAAGCCGCUUAAUCCAUGAGUCAAUUCACCGGUCAACCAAAUCAAAAGUCCGACUCGAUACUCAACCUGCAUAAUCUUGCCCAUGCACGAGGAGAGUUCCGAAAAUGAGUUCUGGGUUGGAUCAGACCACGGAUAGCAUCAUUAUGAUAUGUAUAGUGACAGCACCGUCGUCUUGCCUUUCUUCCGAUAGUUCUUCAGCUGAUACAUUUUGAGUAUCUGCCAGA